AGAGACAACAUGUUCUGCCCUUUUAUCUGAAAAAGAACAAGGGCAUGCAGACAUUUCUCGCCCCAACAGUUUCAUUUACAAGAGUAACUGAAACAGGUUUGAGGAGCUGUCGACGGCUGCAUGGAACCGUGUUAACAGUCUAGCAAACCCAAGUCUCUUUGGUCAUACGCAAGCUGAUCAACCCUGGAUUUGUCACCUGUUAGGAGACUUUACACACUAACUCCGUCAAGGGGUUGUUGAGGUGAUGGAUGCAAAGGAACACUGGUUCUUGCAAGGAUUUCUGGUUCUUGCUAUGGUAAUAGCUCAAGGGGCAACUAGUAAAUGUCCUUCUAGUCCUCUGUGCUACAAAAAAACUGAAAGUGCUACCAUCUAUACAUGUGAAUGGGAGACGUCUGAGUCUAUGAAGAAUGCAACCUAUGAGCUUUUUUACAGCCGCUCCAAUUCCACUGAAAGUAGAUCAUUGGGCAGUAGUAGGAAGAGCUAUAUCUGUGUGCAAGACAAUACAGUGCUCAACAAAGCGUUGGUGGAUAUAUGGGUGGUCGCUUACAUGGGCAACUGGAGAUGCCAGUCACUCAAUACCACUGUUACACUUUCUGAAAGAGUUAAGUAUGAAGCUCCCCAAAGUAUGUCUAUGGCGAGAUCCUCCAACAAUCUUACCCUCAGCUGGGAUAACAAGAACGGUAAUAAAGAUGCUGUCAUAGAGGUCAAGUUCAGAAGACUAGAGGAAACCUCAGGGACAUGGAAGACAUUUAAGAAAGAAGUCAAACAAGCCAUGGUCACUCUGGAGAAUCUCCAGAACGAAUCUGUGUACGAACUACAGGUCAGACAAAUGUCCAAGCAUGUCAAACAUCCCCUGUGGAGCGACUGGACUCCAAUCCUGGACGUUCCCACUGAAAUACCAAAUCCCCCAGAGGUUAACUGGACAGUAGAGGAUUUUAACAAUGGUACUCGACUACUCAAGCUGACUUGGGGUACACCACCUUAUCCAGUCUCUAUGCAGGUGAAUUACAACCUCUCUCUCCAUAUUUGGCCUUGCCUACUAAAGCGAAAGAACUUCACCAGUGUCACUACCACUGAGAUCAGUGUUUAUGUGACUUACUCUGCUGUCAGUGGUGACAUUAAUGCCUUUAAUAAAGUGGGAAAGUCAUCCCCGACACAUAUCCUUGUCCCAGCAAAACAUCUUACAUUUCCCAGCAAGUCUUGGCCUAAUGACAGACUCAUCCCACUCAAUUAUGCGCAUGGCUUUAUGAAAUCCUGCCUGGAGUGGUACAAGUUAACAGACGGAGAAACGCGACCAGAAAAAGUGAAUAGAUCAAAACUAAAUGGAACCGUGGAGAAAAAACUAAAACAUAUCAGAGAAAAGAUGGACGACUAUGUACGUUACUAUUACCUCGUUCACAAACAAACGGAUGGAAAGCCACACUCAACAGAGAUGUGUCUCAUGUAUAAAAAGGAGGGUGCACCCAGUAAGGCACCUGAUCAUUUCACUGCUCCUAUUCUUAAUGUUACAACCAAUUCUGCAAUGCUGCAUUGGAAACCUAUUCCUGUGCCAGACCAGCGAGGUUUCCUUACACACUAUGAAGUCUGCUACACAAGGAGAGGCCCAAAAAACGAGUCACACAUUGAAACUGAGUGUCACAACAGCUUUGCAUCAAAAACAGAGUAUCUUGUUCAAAACCUGACACCUGGGUCCAUCUACUACAUCCAUCUCGCUGGAGCAACAGCUGCCGGUUCAGGACCAACGACAACUAUCGAAAUCGCGACAAAGCCUCUACCCCAGUCCGUUAUUGGUUGGAUCAUAGCUGGCAUAAUUGUUUUAAUUGCAAUAUUAAUAACAGUAUGCUUGUUCAUCAUCAAGAGACAUAAAAGAAAGAUCUUCCCACCAAUACCACGUCCUGUGGUCGCAGAGUCGGUGAAUUAUCGAGCGAGGAAUCAGAACAUGUAUGAGAAGGAAGAGGUGCAUGAGCUGCAGCUACAUGACAACUGCAGCCAAGAGCCCAACCCCGAGGAAGCCACUGUCCUGGAGGUGUCUGAGACACACGAGUGUGAAGACACGGACGAGAAGUGCCUGAGAGAAUCCAGCACCCCAGUCAGUGACCUGCUGAGCCCUGAUUACAAGGGCCAGGUGCUACGUCUAGAAACCCCUGAUUCAAGCCAAGGAGAGAUUGACUGUAUGGUCACCAUGUUGAUGUACAGGAACGGUCUGGUCUUUGAUAUGAAAGCAUACUCCACCGAGGAUGUCGGGAUCCCACUUUAGAGAUCACUGCUGUAGCACUCGCUUGAAGCCUGUAAUUAUAAUGUAUGACCCCAUUAUUAUGGUGUAUUGUCACUUUCUAUUGGUCCUGACUAAAUAACAGCCAUUUUGAGUCAGUUGAGAGAAUCGACAUAUUAUAAGCCUUAUAAUAAUACAUUGUAAAGGUUUAUUCUUGUUUCUAACAAGUGCAUCCUUUAAGUACAGUGUUAGCAACACUGGCAGAGUGUGGUGACAGUGGCCUGGCUGGGCCAUUUAGCACUUUGUCUGUUCAAAUGUUCAGGCUACUUCAUUAACAGAUAAUUAUUAUAUUAUUGUGGACAUUAAACCUAUUUUUAUUUUUUAUUAUUAUUUAUUUUUUUACCCCCUUUUUCAUGGGGGAGAUUGUUAGCAGUUACUGUCUUGUCUCAUCGCUACAACUCCCGCACGGACUCGGGAGAGGCGAAGGCACUGCUUCUUAACACAGCACGCAUCCAAUGUGUCGGAGGAAACACCGUACACUUAGCGACCUGGUCAGCGUGCACUGCGCCCGGCCCGCCACAGGAGUCACUAGUGCGUGAUGAGACAAGGAUAUCCCUGCCGGCCAAACCCUCCCUAACCCGGACGACACUAGGCCAAUUGCGCCGCCCCAUGGGCCUCCCGGUCGCGGCCGGCUGCAACAGAGCCUGGGCUCGAACCCAGAGUCUCUGGUGAUGCAGUGCCUUAGACCACUGCGCCACCUGGGAGGCCCGCUAAACUUAUUUUCUUGACAAUAAGCAAAAACAACAUGGAGAAAAACAACAGACAACUUCAUGUACAUACAUUUCCACAAACAUUAAUGGCAUCACACUUGCUCAGACCCACAUGUUCCCACCGUAUCCACACAAACAAAGAUGUGUAAUGGGUUGGCACUCAAAAAGAUAUCGCAUAAAGCUUACAGUACUUCAUUAUUCAAUGUUUUAAAUUAUUUUCACUGCAUCAGACGUUUCGGCUUUACAGCCUUCUUCAUUUUGUCCACGCCUAAUGUUGUUUCUAAUGCUCUGCCCCGUGUGACUUCAAAUUGUGUUAUGUUGUUUCUGUCUAUAGCCAGAUUUUUGUCAAUAUUUAAAUAAUAAAGCAUUUGAUUCUUCCAUUCUCUUAAAGAUGGAGUAUCAUUUGACUUCCAGUAUUUAAGUAAUAGCUUCUUCCAGAGGCGCAACUUUCACUGGGAACGGUGGGAUAUGACCCCCCCACAUUCUAAAAUUGCAUUUCCCCCCCAGUUUUAUCAUUGCACUGUGAAACAAAAAAGCAUCAUCGGUGUGCUUUAUGACCAUGCGGACGCCUCAGAGUGGUAGGCUGUUUGGCUAACAUUAGCUAGCUAGCUCACUAACUGUAGGUAUUAUUUUUGCCUCACUCACACUAGACCUGAAUUAAAUGAUGAAACCAGUGUUCAAACGUUUCUUGACAGCGCAAUGUGAGUUUUUAUUUGAGUCAGUAUAGCAAUGCAACGUUAUUGAUUAUGUUAAUAUAAUCUCAGACAUAAAUUACUGCAGAAUAAGACCAUCCAUAGAGCAUCCUAUAUGCCAGUGAAACUGAAUAACAUGCACUCAGAAAUGUAAUUCCUCUGCUGGAAGUGUAAAACACAAAAGGGGACAUAUUUGCAUAUGUUAUGGUCUUCGGAAGGCUGGCUGAAAUCUGGCAAAGAGUAUGUUCCUUUAUCUCAGCAUGUUAACAGAUUCUCCCUGUUUUGGUUUGCUUGGAAAUGUUGAUACCAGAGACUGUUCUCAGAUGAAACUGUGUAACCCAGUAUUUAUAGCGCCUAAGAAACGCAUUGCCAUUAAUUGGAAGGUUGGUUAUGGUCCCACAAUGUCACAAUGGAUGGCAGAAAUGUCAAGUUAUGCAUCACUAGAUUUGAUUUACAACAAGAUUAAGGGUAUACUGUGCAACUUUCAUAAGGUCUGGGUGGCUUAUAUAGCACUAGCGGUUCUGGGGGGGGGGCAGGGGGGGCAGUGCCCCUGUGACAACAAUUUUGGACCCCCUGAAGUAUGAAAUAACGUAUCUCAGGUCCACAAUGUCAGAUGACAGAUUAAGCAAUUUAGGUGUAUUAAGUAUUGAGUCAAGGAGGGCAAAGGCCUUGAGUCUAGAUGAAUUUGCUGAUCUUUUUGCAAAAAAAACCCCACAAAAACCGGAGAAUACAGUUGAUGUGACCUGAUAUUGAAUAUGUAAUGCAAAUGAAAAUUAUAAUGGAAAUGCAAAUAAAUUGUUGAAUGAUUAUAAA